AUGACGAAAAAGCGCAAGAGAUACCCCGAUUUGGACGCCAAGCUCGAGCGCCCGUGGUGUUAUUACUGCGAGCGUGACUUCGAUGACUUGAAGAUUCUCAUCUCUCACCAGAAAGCCAAACACUUCAAAUGCGACCGCUGUGGAAGGCGGUUAAACACCGCAGGAGGUCUCUCCGUGCACAUGAACCAAGUCCACAAGGAAAACCUCACACACGUCGAGAAUGCCAACCCCGGCCGUCAAGGCCUCGAGAUUGAAAUCUUCGGCAUGGAAGGCGUGCCUGCGGAGAUCAUCGAUCAGCACAACCAGGAAGUCACCCAGGCGCAUUUCUCCGCAGAAGCCGAGCGCGCUCGUCUUACUGGAAAUCCGGUUCGUGGCGCCUACGCAAACGGCGAUGUGGUGCCGAACAAGCGGCCAAAGGUCACCGAGACGCUCGAGGAGAUCGAGGCGCGCGCAGCAAAGUACAGGGAGGAUAGGAAGAAUGGCGUACUACCUGUGCCGACGGUGAAGGAGAUUGUCAAUCAGCCGGUACGUCGAGUGCACGACAUUUGGACUCGAGGCUACGACGCUAAUACAGAUGCGCAGACACCGCCGCAAAUCCAGCCUCCCUACGGCGCUCCAGCUUACCCGCCGCAACAACCCUACAUACCCAACGGUGGCGCGAUCCCGCCUCGACCGGCUGUCGACGCGAUACAGAGCUCCAUUGACGAUCUGAUCGCGGGCGUGCAGAAGGAGGUGCCGGCAGACAAGAAGGAGGAUAAGAAGAGCAAAAAGGACAAGAACAUGCGGCUUAUAUACAACGACGACAAUUAUAGUCCGGAGGAGAAGAUGGCGCUUCUGCCCAAGUUUGCCGAGUUUGUCAGGGUGUAG